UUUGUCUCUAUUUUUCAUCCUCUCGAAGACGGGCGGAAGCAAGCGGACGGAAGCGAGCGAGCCAUCUCAAAAUCCCCUUUGCCUUCUCCGUGACUCUUCGCUGGAGCACUCCGCCUGCAGCACCGAGCAAGCUUUCCCAUUCCAGAGUCUAUCCGGUCAUCGCCACCUUCUCUCGGUCCUUCAAGACAGACGUCCUUUCCCUCAGCACCGAGUCAGAGAAGCGCGAUACCUCCUUCAGGGACAACAAAACCUUCAUCAGAUUCGACGGGGACCUCUUUUCCUUCCUCCUUGCACUUACGCGCGGGUGUCCGUCUUCCUAUCAAUUUCCUACCGGCAUCGAUCCGUAGCCACUGCCACGUUUUUGUCUUAGCAACCUAGUUUGCACAAAGAAUAGCAGUAGGAAAACUUGAAAUGCAUUCAACAGUGGUUAGGUUGCUUCCGGUGGAUGCUGGCUGGCGUGGCAAGAACGAGAUGAAGAGAUUUAAUAUUAGUCGAGGAAGAGGUCCUGUACUGGUUGUCAGGGCAUCUGUGGCUUCUAAAUCAUUGGAGUGCCAAAAGACAAAUGUAAAGUACCCAGGGAAGGAGGUUCACAUUGGAGUUUUAGGUGCCAGUGGUUAUACUGGAGCUGAGAUUGUUCGGCUCCUAGCAAAUCACCCACAUUUUGGUAUUACACUGAUGACUGCUGAUAGAAAAGCAGGGCAAUCAUUUGGAUCGGUGUUUCCUCACUUGAUUACACAGGACUUGCCUAAUAUGGUUGCAGUUAAAGAUGCUGACUUUUCUAAUGUGGAUGCUGUAUUUUGUUGUUUGCCACAUGGCACAACACAGGAUAUUAUCAAAGGCCUUCCCAGGGAUCUAAAGAUUGUCGAUCUCUCUGCAGAUUUUCGAUUGCGUAACAUCAAUGAAUAUGAAGAAUGGUAUGGCCUGCCUCAUAAAGCACCUGAAUUACAGAAAGAAGCUAUAUAUGGGUUGACAGAAGUUUCGAGAGAUGAAAUACAAAAUGCACUACUAGUUGCAAAUCCUGGCUGUUAUCCAACAUCCAUCCAACUUCCUCUUAUUCCAUUGAUAAAGGCUCAUUUAAUUGAAACCAGGAAUAUCAUUAUUGAUGCAAAGUCUGGAGUUAGUGGUGCAGGUCGUGGAGCAAAGGAGGCUAAUCUUUACACUGAAAUUGCUGAAGGUCUUCAUUCUUACGGAAUCACCAAGCAUCGACAUGUUCCUGAAAUUGAACAAGGACUUACAGAUGCUUCAAAUUCUAGAGUAACUGUUAGCUUCACUCCCCAUUUGAUUCCUAUGAGCCGUGGGAUGCAGUCGACCAUAUAUAUUGAAAUGGCUCCUGGAGUAAAUGCCAGUGAUUUAUAUGACCUUUUGAAAUCUACUUAUCAGGAGGAAGAAUUUGUUAAACUGUUAGAUAAAGGACGUGUACCCGAGACCCGUCAUGUACGAGGAUCAAAUUAUUGCUUGAUGAAUGUCUUCGAAGAUCGAAUCCCCGGCAGAGCUAUCAUAAUUUCUGUUAUCGACAAUUUAGUGAAAGGAGCUUCUGGUCAAGCAUUGCAGAAUCUUAAUUUGAUGAUGGGACUUCCAGAGAACACAGGGCUGCAACAUCUGCCGUUGUUUCCUUGAACUAUCUGCAUGUGUAGGGAAUGUGACGUUGCUUGGAUGCUGCUCGCACAUCGACUAUCUAGUUCAAUCUUGAUGCAGCGUGCAGGUAUUUUAAUUUUAUUUAUCUGUUCCCUUCAUUUGUACUGUUAUUGUUCCAGAUAAAAUUGCUGACUUUGGCUGUGAGAUUGGAGAAUAAAAUGUUGGCAUUAUUGGCUGAAAAAUUAAUGUUGCAUUA